AUGGGCACGUCUUCGCUCUCGAAACUGUUCGCUCGUCCUUCAAAACGCCUGGGUGUUCAUCCCAUGAAGGGUAACGAAGAGUCGAAUUUCAGCAGUGAAAUCUUCCCAACUGCCGAUGCUCAACAGCAUGAGGAAAGUUCUUCCAGUGCGAGGUCAGAGCAAGAUCUCCAUUCCGUUGCUGAGAAACCUUCUCCACCGAUGUCAAAAGAGGAGGCCUUCGAGGCGUUGUUGGCGAUGUCAGAAUCUGACGAGGAUUCAAAGCGCUCUUCAGUUUUUACCACGAAAAGGACAAGUUCUGGCGAGUCAUCACCAUCAGAAUACUCAAGCUCCCCUUCAACACCUUCUUCGUUCUCGCUCAGCGAACUUUCUGGAGACUCUGAGAAGAAGGAUGGUGAAAAUAUUAGAUUCCCCCAAAGUGACACGGAGUCUGAUUUGGCGGUGCCUUCUGAGGAAAAGCUUGAACCUACUACCCUUGCGACUGAGGUAGGCUCAAAAGAAGACGUAGCGGAGGACCCUUGCUCUGGCGGGCAUACACAAGAUGAUGAUUACCUCGAUAUGCGCCUGGUCAAUAAGCUCUUCGAGGACAUUGUCAACCCGCGUGCGCGUCGCGUAGGUAUGGUCCCCGGACCACGCACUGGACUUGGAAACGCUAUUUUGGCCGCAUAUAAGCAGGAGUUAUUAGAGACUGUUAUUGCGCUUGAGGAUUCGUUUUCUUCCCCGGUACCCGCGUCGGGACUUUCACCGUACCCAUGGGAUAAGUCGCCCGAGGUAUCGGGUGGCGACAUAGACGCCGGGGACAGCUCGCCUGACGCCAGUUUUGACAGCGCUGUGGUUAGCCUGGAUAUCUUCAAAGAAAAGGACGAAGUCCCUUCUCAACCAACCACGGCGGUGCUUGAUGGCGAAGGCAUAAAAAAAAUGGCUUCGAGAUUUUCUCUUCCGCCUAAUUUCAGGAAGGAAGAACCGGAUCCCAAUCCUCUGUUGACUGUGGCUCAUAUUCUCCUUCGAAGAGAGCAAGACAAGGCGAGGGGAAUUGUGCGCAUUUCUGUGGACGGGGAUAUACAUCCUCCCGACACGAGAGUGUUCAGGACCAUUUCAAUUCGCCCAUUCGCUAAGUUUUGA